CAUGAACAUUCUUGACUGCAAGUUAAGUGCUUUUCAAAACAAAAUCUCCGUCUUUCACUAUAUCUGCACAUUACCAUCACAUCUUCCCUAAUUCAGCAUUGGCAGGGAUGAUGAUUGUAAAACCUCAGCUCGGCCAACGUCAGCCCUCUGCCGUGUCGCACGGCCCUCCGUCCGUUCUGCCAUCGCGCCGCCCGUCGACCCUGCUUGUGUCAUCACCUGGACGUCCUCCUUCCGGUCCGAUGUCUAAGACUAUAACUGUCGGUACCGUGGGCUUCUUUAGGUGCAACGUGAAGAAUGUUCCGUUGUUAAUUAUGAGGUACGAGCGCCUAGUUUUCACAUAUAUCUGUGACCGUGUGGUUAUGCACUAUUUUUUCAAGUGCAAGCCAAUAAAGCAAAUUUGGAGAAGCCCUUCGGUGGGAGUAUAUAAGGCAGAAGUUGGCUACGUGUCAAAACCCAAGGAUUGUGGCAGAAACCUUCUCAAGACUUCUUAUACUCCCUCCGUCCCAUAUUAAGUGACUCAAUUUGUCUAA